AACACUGUGGACAAGCUCGUGCAGCGCGCGAACGCCUCGUUCCUGGUGGGCACCUCGUCGUGGAAGGAACAGUUCAUCGAUGCCGUCACCGUUUCGGCCGGGGACGAUGACGAUGCUGUGGGAGGCGAGGACGACAAAGAGAGGGGAGAGGCGGGCGAUUCGGAGAAACAGCCCAGCUGCGCCGACUACAUCAUGCACUUCAUCACCGUCUUCUGGAAGGUGCUGUUCGCCUUUGUGCCUCCGACAGAGCUGCGCAGCGGCUACCCCUGUUUCAUUGUGUCGAUCGCGCUGAUCGGCCUGCUGACGGCCAUGAUCGGCGACCUGGCCUCGCACUUCGGCUGCACGGUCGGCCUGCAUGACAGCGUGACGGCCAUCUCCGUGGUGGCGCUGGGCACCAGCGUGCCAGACACGUUCGCCAGCAAGGUGGCCGCCGUGCAAGACCGAUACGCCGACGCCUCGGUCGGCAACGUCACUGGAUCCAACGGCGUCAACGUCUUCCUCGGCAUCGGCAUCGCCUGGAGCAUUGCCGCGCUCUACCACUGGUUUAACGGCGAGCCGUUCAGGGUCGCCCCCGGAAAUCUGGCGUUCUCGGUGACGCUGUUUUGCUGCGAGGCGGCCCUCGCCAUCGGUUUAAUGUUGCUGCGGCGACACAGGCGCGUCGGUGGCGAACUGGGUGGUCCGCGCUGCGCCAAAAUCGCCUCCUCUCUGUUCCUCUUCACGUUGUGGGUAGUGUACGUGGUGGUGUCGGCGCUAGAGGCGUAUGGAAUCGUUCCUGGCUUUUAGUUGGCGAUUUCGUCGUGCGCCGCCCGCCGCAUGCCGCAGUAUGCGAACUGUGCUUUGCUGCCGCGUGCCGCGGCAAGAUGGCAGCACCUGUGCAUCACGGCGCCGCUGCCGUGGCGUUCGUCGCCUGUGGCCUCCAAGGCAUUCUAGGGCGGUGAAAGCUUUGUCUACUGAGGCUGAGCCGGCCACAGCGUAUACGCUGUCGUACUCACAACUGGUGCGUGGAAAACAAUUUUGUCUGAUAUUCUGGAUACCUUUGGACUUUGACGAGACGAGCCGCUCACAGGUGGACGUUGUCGGCGACAUGGCCAUUAUUUGAACGUGCCGGAGUCAAUACUCGUGUCGACUGCGCUGGAUGUGAUUUCUACUAGUCAUGGUAUCCCUGUUUUGCGUGGAGGAAUUACUUAAUACUGAUCGCUUUGGCCUCGUGCCCGAAAGCUCCGACAUGACCGCUGACAAUGAUGCACGUAACUGCGUGCAGCGACCAUGACACGACCACGAGACGCUGUGGACGGCGCAUCCGUUGUAAGAGCAGCGGCUAAUAGCGGACGCCGCUGGUCAGGGUGCGCGGUGUUCUGUUUUGUGCCUGCACGAGCAAUUAAGCGGACGUGUGAGCAAAUGCAUCUGGGGCCGAGCCAUGUCCAGCCUUGCCGAGUGCGCAUGUGAUUGGAUGCCGUCUUCACCUGGAAUAGUCUCGUCUCGUGGAGCGCUGUGCUGUGUAGUGGGGCGCUCAGGGGGUCUCGGAUAACGCUUCCCCAUCUGAGCACAGACGCUUGUCUGCGUCAGGCGCGGGACGGCUGGACCGCCUUGCCAGUUGGGUUUGGUUCGUCGCGCGUUUCCGCCGCUCCACUUUACGGGCUGUGGGGCCGUCUGAUGUGCGGCGACUGGAACCCGUGGUCAUGGGUGGUCGGCACUGCUGUUCAGACAGACGCCACGGUGUACCACCCACUCGGGGGUCCAGUAGCUUUCGUGCACGUCUCCGUGAGGAGUACACUCGCUGUUCUGUGGCGAGGGCUGCCCAGUUAAUGGUUGUGCGGCUGCUGGUCGCCUCCCCGUGGUGUUUUCUUGUGAUGACGAGCGUGACCGUGUUUGGAAAGGAUCGCGGCUCUGGUGGCUGCCGCCGAGAGCUGGCCUGCUGCUGGACCAGCAAUGUGCUGCUGCUGUUCGGUCUUGAAAACAGCUGCCGUUGUCCCGGUCUAGAAUGGCCAUCCUUUAUCACCAGCUGUAUGUGGCGGAGACGCGUAGUUUGUCUGCAGCGCCACCCGACGGCAGAUUGUUGAAUAUGUCGUGUCAGAAACAGACGCCAGGGAAGCUGUUGUCGCGCUGGUCGGACGUCAGCGGUGUUCUGCGUGGCUAGGUAUCGUCAGUAUGCAGUUUUCCGCGGAUCAUUCAUGUGUUUCUUGUUAAAUACGUCUUGUUGAAAUGUGCUACGCUGCCUCACGGAAAUAUUGACGCGGGAUUGUGUUAUUUGAAUAUAAUUCAGGUGCCAACGUUGAUGAUGUUAACAUCCGUCACACUAACGGUCCACGCCAACUUUGCCGCGGCGAGGGCUAUGGGCAUAUAUAUGCCUUCGCUCUGGUAUCUUCGGAGCAGAAAGGGAUGAAGAACAGAGCGAAACGGCACUGGAUAGCCCAUGCAAGGCCUAACAGGAUUUUCAACAAGCACGGCAUUUUUCUGUUUGAAGUUUGUGUCAAGAUCAUCUCUGGUAAAAUUACGUUUUUUCCCUGUUUGAUGUUCUCCAAGUGAUGUCUCUUGAACUGACUGCGUUAAUCAAUCUCUGACAUCUAAGAUGGCAUAGUCGUAACGGUGCGCUGUCCAUAAAGGGCUAAUCCAAUAAUAACCUCAUACAGGGGCUAUUCAAGGAUGUAUAUUCGCAUCAACCAAGUGUGUGUUUAUACCGGUGAGCAGAUGUCAUCGAAGCUAUUCGAUGUUUUCUUUCAAAGGUGCCUGCCAGCCAGGUUUGGAUUGUUUUGUUUCGUUUC